AUGAAACCAAACAACUUAGUGGGAGCUCGGUUUGCUAGUCGGACUCGCAAGUGUAAAAAGAAUAGCUCUGCAGCAGAUAGAACAACAGCGACCAAUAUUAGCAAAUGUCAACAAAAACGCAAACACGAAGACACACGAAUACAGGAGAACUUCCAACUGGAGUGCGAAAUCUGUGCCGAUAAGCUGGAAUCUUUUGCAAACCUACAGAAUCAUUUCCUAAAGAAACACAACAUGCGGGGAUACGUUCGAUGUUGCGGAAAAGCGUUAACAAGGCGGGCGGAGCUUAUGGAGCACAUUUUGCUGCACGAAGGCUCGUUGCGUUGCGACGUGUGUCAGAAGAACUACACUUGCAUCCGAUCAUUGAACUUGCACAAACUGAACAGCCACGGCACGGCCGAAGACAAGCCGUUCAAAUGCGAUAAAUGUCACCAAUCGUUCUCCAAACAGCAUCUACUCACUGCACACCUCGUGCGUCACGUGCAGGAACAGUGUGAAAUUUGUAAAAAAAUUCUUUCCAGCAAUCAGGCCUUGAAGGUGCACGUGGCUCAAAUUCACGGACCAGACAGCAAUCAAAUUUGUGCAACGUGCGGAAAAGCAUUCCGCACUAAGCGAGCCAUGGAGCGGCACAUCGAGCAGCACCUGGGAGUGGACAGUAUCGAGAAGGUGCAGUGCAAUAUCUGUAGCAAAUGGUUUAACGGGAAGUACAAUCUGAAAAAACACGUCCGAUUCAGUCACAUCGAACAGGGGCAAGAAUUUGAGUGUGAGAUCUGUUUGCACAAAUAUCCCAAUACGCGGGCCCUUAUCUACCACAAGCAACGGGUGCACGUGGAGGAAAAGUUCGCGUGUGAAUUUUGUGGCAAGCGGUUCAAGCGUAAAAUCUAUCUCAAGGAACACAUCGCCCGGCAUACGGGCCAGCCGUUGUACUCGUGCAAUAUCUGCAACGCAUCGUUUAAUUCGAACGGCAAUCUGUACGCACAUCGGCGUAAUAAACAUGCGGCCGAAUUAAUUAAAUAA